GUGGCGGCGGCGGCUGCUCAACCCGGUACCGUCCCUACGUCUUCUUUAUCUCACUUUACCGACAACCAAUAUAAUCAAUCUAGUAGCUUCGAAAGAAGUGGUGGUAGUGAUGGCGGACAGGACAAGAGCCCCUUGAGCUCUAUGCCAUCGAGUUUCCUAAAGACUCUCACUGAAAAAAGAACAAAAUCUGAUGCUCCUGCACCAAAACGUCGAGGCCCGAAGCCAGAUAGCAAGCCUGCCCUGACGAGACGUCAGGAACUUAAUAGGCAAGCGCAACGAACCCACCGAGAGAGAAAAGAACUGUACAUAAAGGCUCUCGAGGAUGAAGUGUUACGUUUGAAGGAGACUUACAGCAAAGUAUCUCAAGCUAAAGACAAUCUUUCAAGCGAGAACCGACAACUCAAACAACUACUCGCACAGAAUGGCAUUUCGUUCGGUGGUUCCAUGGGGAUUGCAAGCGGCCUGAUGGAUGACGGCGUCAUCGAAUAUGCAUCGUCAAGCGCGACCGGGAGUGGCUAUGGCGGAGGACCGGCCUCAUCUCACACAAGUGCCUUCACGCCUCCGCCGCUUUCCGCCCAUACAGCCAACAGUCAACAGUAUAGCCGAACUCCCACGGGACAUGAAAGUCUGUCGCCGCGUUCCGUGGGCUACCUUCAGCAAUCAAACACUCAGCGUUAUCCGGGACAUGCUGCACAGCCUUUGCGCAAUCCAGGAGUGGACUAUGAGCAGGCAGGGAUUGAUUUUGUAUUAGCUCUUGAGAAGCCAUGUAUGGAUCACUUGCCCUGGCUGCUAGAACGCGGAACCGAGAUGGGAGGCGAACCUUGCGGCCAUGCUCUGAUGGCUUCCUGUCCGCCCGAGCCCUUUCCCGAGCUGACACCCGACGUUCCCUUUGGCUAUUCGAACGUCAAAAACGGAGACCUCAACUCGGGUCAGAGGACCUGGGAGCUGUCCAAGGGCGACCUGAACACAUUGCUGGAUUUGAGCAAGCGGCUCAACCUGGACGGCGAGAUCACGCCUGUUAUGGCCUGGGGAAUGGUUCUUGCCCAUCCUCGUCUCGGAGAGAUGACUCCAAACGACUUUAAAAAGUUGACAGAAGAGCUAUACAGCAAAGUCCGCUGCUAUGGUUUUGGCGCGGUGAUGGAGGAGUUUGAGGCUCGCGACGCAAUCGAGAAUGUUUUCUCGACAAAGCCCGAUUCUUGUCACCAAUCCUACUAG